GUGUCUUUCUGAUUCUUGACUGUUUAGUUUUAUGUCAUUUAGGAGCUUGAGAAAAGUGAUGCUCAGUCAGAGGAGUUAAGAAAGAAAAUGAGAGGCAAAGCAAGGGGUGAAGCUGCUACGAAGUCUACUAGACAAGCACCCAGGAACCCACGGAAGAACAAUAAUAAGAAGGCAAAUAAUGCAAAAUCUGUUGCAGAAGUUGUCUCAUCAUCUAUGUCUGCAAUGGAAAUUGAGAAAGCUCCUGAGGCAGCAAAACCCAAAGGUAGAGAAGUCUCUAGGAAAGCUCCUGCUAAGCCGAAAAAGCAAACUUUAGUCUUGAAUGAUGAUGAUGAUGACGACGACGACGACGAUGUGCUUGAGCUUAAAGAACGACUUGCUGCCUAUAAUGUCGACUCAUCUCCUGAUUAAUCAGCUGCCAUGGAGACUGAAGUGCCCAAAGUACCAGCCAAGAAGAAAGAACCUAGCAAAAGGGCUGCUGCUGCACAGAAGAAGAAGCCCUUGGCAACUGUUUCGGAGAUAUCUGAUGAUGAUGAUGAUGAUAAUGAUAUUAAUGAAAUUGAUGAUGAUGAUGAUGAAGAUAGUGAGAUAGAAGUUGUAGCUGCUCCAGAAGCCAGGAAAAAGGGCGGGAGAAAUCCGGCUGCAAAUGCUAAGGCAGUUAAGGCCCCUGCAGCGGCAAAGAAGAGAGGUGCAGCCAAUAAGCAGCAGCCUCAGACAUUGGGCCAGAAGCUGUUAACUGACAUGUUAAAGCCUGCUAAAAAUUCUGAGAUUUCACUAGAGAAGAAAGUGAGAAAGAUGAGGGCAUCUCCAUUCAACAAGAAAAGUGGUUCUGUGUUGGGAAGGGUUGGUAAGGUAAAUGAAGUGACUGAAAAUGAAGAAAAUUCGGGUUCUGCUUCUACUUCUGCCAGUACUGAAGAAACUAUUGAAGUUGCACCAGCAAGAGCAAGACCUCAAAGGGUGAACCGUGCACAGACAAGGGUGACUGAUGGUUUCUACAAUUACACACUCAGGUUCCGAUUUUUGAUGGCUCGGCAAGUGAAUGGGUGAAGGCCAUAGAACAAGUUGGGUUAAAGGUGGCCACAGAUCAGUGUGGGAACAGUUGUGAAAAAAUGGUUACCUUAUGUGAAUGAACCAAUGCAUGCGUGGAGGAAAGAUUCUUUUGUUGCUGCAUUUCCUUCACAAAAGGUUCACAUAACUUUUGGGAUUGACUUCCCACAGGUGCAUGCUAUUGGCUGUCAGUGGUUUUCUUCAGCACUGCUGGAUAAUUAUUUUUACUCCGAGCAGAUAGCUUCAUCAAGAACCUUUUGUGUUUAUGAGCAGGUUUGUUUAAAAUUGCCAAUAAUAGUCUUGUUCUCACUUCCUCGUUGCUGUCAUACUUUGAUAUUUUCCUUAGCUAUGUUCAAGGUGGUUGGAAGCAUUAUAAAGAGAAGUUUACUGUUAUGAAAAAAAGUCCAGAAUUUAAAUCUAGACAAGCAAGUGACAUAGGACAAGGGGGGAACAAAUUGUGGUAACUUCAAAUUUUUUAUUAUAUUGUUGAAUUUAUGCUUCUAAUACUCAAUUUUAUAUUGGAAAAGCCUUGCAGGUGGAGUAAAUGUGUAAUUUUGGGCUCAUAAAAGGGGGCUCACUGGACAAUGCCAUUGUUUGUAGUGCCAGCAAAGUUGCCUUUUUGUUUUAGAUACCAAGUGACUGCCGGCACGACCAUUGUGACUGAAAAAGUGAAGAAAAUGGAUGAGAAGUUUCAUGUUUCUGAGAAGACCAAGACUGCAAUUUCAGCUUCUGAGCAGACAGUCAGUAAUGCUGGAUCUACCAUUAUGAAGAAUCGGUAUAUUUUAACUGGGGCUACAUGGGUUAUUGGUGCAUUCAGUAAGGUUGCCAAGGCAGCAGGGGAAGCAGGGCAGAAGGCAAAGAAAAAGGUCUUAGCUGAGGAAGAUCAGGAGAAAAAAGUGGAAGGCUCUGCUAAGACCCAUGAAACUGAAUCCCCAAAAAAUGAGCCCUCCAAAACCACACCGGCACAAGGAUUGAUCCUCUGAAACUCCAAUACUAGCAUACAUAUUUGCAUAGAAAGUUUAGGCUUUGUCAUCAUAUUAAAGAAUACCAAUGCUUUGCUGCUAGUCUGGAAGUGGUACAUGUAUAAUGUGCUGUCAGAUGCUGGAUGCUUUAUUAUGUAUUUAACAAGGAAGUCAUUAUUUUCUGUUGUUUUAGUAUUGUUCUCUUGUGUGUGUGUGUCUUGUGAUUCAAUGUCCUUCGAGGGCCAUUCUAAAAUUGUGCAUCUAUGUAAUUAUUUAAUAGAAGUAUAACAAUUAAUGGAAGUUAAAUUUUGAUGUCGA